UGCCCGACAGGAAGUUGCAUCGCCUUCUUAUUACAACAUUUUUAUUCGGAAUUCAACUAUUGGCUAUGAAACUUAUUCAUUUGUUGACAUUAAGAGAGCUUUGUAAGUGUAAACAAAAGUAUAAAAAACAAACAAAACUGCCAAUGUAACUAAUCCAUUUUUAAUGCUUACACUUGACCUCCUCCUUUAAUCGGCAAGUUUUCUCUACAUCACGACAGACGACAAUGAACAAGGGCAUAGUACAAUUUUGGUUACGAGUUGGAAAGGUUUUCAUUUUUAUUGUUGUGUUACUCUUACAAAGAUUUAAUUAAAAAAGAAAUGUUUAAUAGUUAUAAUCGCCGCAAGAAACAUGACACAGUUUUUCUAAAUGUAAAGCCGACUUUUAACGGUCAGAAUAGCGGACUACGGAAAUAUUCCACUGGCCUACUAGAUAAAGAGGAUAUCCCAUAUUAUAAUACCAACAGCAGUCAAGGGAGUCGAGCAUCAGUCGGAACUAUAACUACAUUGAAUGAAAACUUUCGACCAAAUGUUUUCUACAACAACAUUGCACCAAUUCAAUGGUUUUUGCAUAUAAUUGGGGUUUUACCCAUAACGCGACGAGCGGCCGGUAAAGCUAAAUUUCGCCUAAACUCGAUAGCUUUUGGUUAUUCACUCGUAUUCUUCGUUCUUUUAGCGAUCUAUGUUUUUUAUGUGGCCAAAAAUCGCAUAAAAAUUGUGACAUCACUGAGUGGACCAUUCGAAGAAGCUGUUAUUGCUUACCUGUUUCUUGUAAAUAUUUUACCACUAUUAAUGGUUCCAAUAUUAUGGUGGGAAGCACGUAAAAUCGCAAAACUAUGGAACGACUGGGAUGAAUUUGAGAUUUUGUACUAUCAAAUAUCGGGUCAUAGUGUGCCUUUGAAUCUAUUUCGGAAAACCACUAUGAUUGCGGUGGUUUUGCCGGUAUUAUCUAUUUUGUCGGUAGUCAUAACUCAUAUAACAAUGGCGGACUUUCAGUUCAUUCAAGUAAUUCCCUACUGCAUCUUAGACAACUUGACUGCCAUGUUGGGUGCCUGGUGGUUCAUAAUUUGUGAAAGCCUCAGUAUGACUGCAAAUAUUCUAGGUGAACGUUUUCAAAGGGCUUUACGUCACAUCGGCCCCGCCGCAAUGGUCGCCGAUUAUCGCGCCCUAUGGUUACGCCUGAGCAAGUUGACACGUGAUAUCGGAAAUGCCACCUGUUAUACUUUCACUUUUCUCAACCUGUAUCUCUUCUUCAUUAUCACACUUUCGGUUUAUGGUCUAAUGUCUCAGCUUUCUGAAGGUUUCGGUAUUAAGGACAUCGGUUUGGCCAUAACUGCCAUUUGGAAUGUAUUCCUGCUUUUCUACAUUUGCGAUAAGGCCCAUUAUGCCUCCUUCAAUGUGCGUACGAAUUUUCAGAAAAAGUUACUAAUGGUUGAAUUGAAUUGGAUGAACUCCGAUGCGCAAACAGAGAUAAAUAUGUUUAUACGCGCUACGGAAAUGAAUCCGUCAAACAUUAACUGUGGCGGAUUUUUCGAUGUAAAUAGGAACCUCUUCAAGGGAUUGCUCACUACAAUGGUCACUUAUCUCGUUGUGUUACUGCAGUUCCAGAUCAGUAUACCCAGCGACUCCGGUAAGCAAAUGAACGUUUCAGUAGCUGAGCUAGUCACUGAUAUGUUCGUGGAGACUACAGAGUUGACUAGUACUAGUACGACACCAACAAUAAAAACUACAACGACUAAAAUGCCACCAUCAGCACGGGGUAGGAAAGGGUAAAUUAAAGACCGAGUUUAAAAUAAUUUUAUAUUAUGAACAAAAAUUAAAAAGGAAAUGUUGAUCAUUUCGAAAUUUCUUAAACAAAAUAGUUACUUCUACAGUCGAUAAGUC